AAUAGCUUAUGGUCAGAAGGUACCACUCCAACAAAUCAGCAGAAGCUGCAUUAAGAAUAUAGAUACUGACAGAUGCUGUGCAAUCGGUACUUUUGUCCCUUGAACGUUAAGAGCUCCUUCAGACCCAAACCCCGUCUCAUCAUCCGAUCAAUAUUGGGUAUCUCUCACUCUCAGACAAUGGAAUUGGACGAAAACAACAAAUACAAGAGCUCUCUGGAUUUUCUCACUCAAAAACCCUACACUCCUCCUUCCUGGGCUUCCCAUCUCAAUCCCAUUCCUCCUCACCGCUUCUCUCUUGGUCAUCUUCCUACUCCUAUUCAUCCAUGGAAGCUUCCUAAUUUGCCCAAUGGCACUGAGCUUUGGUUGAAGCGCGAUGAUCUAUCGGGCAUGCAAUUGAGUGGUAACAAAGUCAGAAAGUUGGAAUUUUUGAUGGCCGAUGCAGUGGCUAAUGGCGCUGACUGUAUCAUUACCAUUGGAGGCAUUCAGAGCAACCACUGCCGUGCCACUGCUGUUGCUGCCAAGUACCUUAAUCUUGACUGUUAUCUUAUACUUCGCACUUCCAAGGUUCUUGUGGAUCAAGAUCCUGGAUUGACGGGCAAUCUCUUGGUUGAACGUCUGAUUGGAGCUCAUGUUCAACUUAUUUCAAAAGAAGAAUAUGCACAAAUUGGGAGUGUGACUCUCACUAAUAUCUUAAAAGAAAAGUUGCUGAAGGAAGGGAGAAAACCAUAUGUUAUUCCCGUUGGUGGAUCAAACCCCAUAGGAACUUGGGGUUAUAUUGAAGCAAUAAGGGAAAUUGAGCAACAAGUUCAGGCUAGUUCUGGCAGAUUAAAAUUUGAUGAUAUUGUUGUAGCAUGUGGCAGUGGAGGAACGAUUGCUGGUCUGUCACUAGGAUCAUGUUUCGGUGCUUUGAAGGCAAAAGUUCAUGCGUUCUCUGUCUGUGAUGACCCUGAUUACUUUUAUGACUUUGUUCAAGCCCUUAUUGAGGGACUCAAAGCAGGCGUUAACUCACGUGACAUUGUACACAUUCAAAAUGCCAAAGGUCUGGGCUAUGCAAUGAAUGCCUCUGAUGAGCUUCAGUUUGUCCAGGAAGUUGCUACAGCUACUGGCGUUGUUCUAGAUCCUGUUUACAGUGGGAAAGCAGCUUAUGGAAUGAUGAAAGACAUGAAAGAGAAUCCAAAGAAGUGGGAGGGAAGAAAGAUCCUAUUCAUACACACCGGUGGGCUUCUUGGAUUGUAUGACAAGGUCGACCAGAUGGCUUCAUUGGUGAAAAACUGGUCUCGAAUGGAUGUUGAUGAGUCAGUUCCAAGGAACGAUGGAAUUGGAAAAAUGUUCUAGAGAAAGAAAGCCAGCUUUGUAUAUAAUACUAUCUUGUCUCUUAUUGGUGCAUUAAAACUAUGUGCUUAUUUUUAUCUAUUCUCUGGUUCAUCAUAAGAUUGUAUCUAUAUAAAUAUAAUAUAAUAAAGCUGGUUUUCAAAAUAAUUUCACGUGAAGCGACGAGUAGCAUUUUAUUCA